AUGUCAACAUCAACAUCAUUGGCAAGGGAUGGUAUUGCACCAUUCAUAAAGAGUUUGGUACAAAUGUUGGAUACAUUGGAGAACAAUCAACUUAUUAGAUGGGGACGUCUUGGUGAGAGUAUCGUAAUCACCAACUGUGCAGAGUUUGAAGUAAAGCUUCUACCAAAGUACUUCAAGACUGGUAAAUUCUGUAGUUUCAUCAGACAACUUAACAUUUAUGGAUUCCAUAAGGUUGAUGAUGAGAAGACUGCACAGACUGAUGAACAAGAGUCGUCAGAGUCUCAGGCAAGGAUAUUUGAGUUUGCCAAUGAUAACUUUAGGAAGCAUAAGCCAGAGUUGAUGAUUAAUAUCAAGAGGAGAAAGAGUGUUAGACGUGGACUGACCGUUAACAAUAACAGCAACCCUAAUCAGUACCGCACCACCUCGUUGACCAUGUCCAACGAGGACGACGACGACGACUCGGGCUUCUCGUACCCCGGCGUGAUCGCGUCGACCCCCGACCCCAUGGGUGGCGGCCUGCCCAACGCCUCGACCUCACCAAUCGACGUCAAGCUGAGCAAUGGCGAGCAGUUUGACCCCAACAACCCGAUGGUGCAGCAGCUGGUCUUCCAGUACACCAAGCAGCAGACCGACUACAACGACCUCAAGUACUCGCACAGCCAGCUGCAGGACUCGCACUCACAGUUGCAGUACGCCUUCCAGAACCUGCAGCAGUCGCACCAGAGUCUCAUGGAGCGUGUGCUCAAGCUGACCAAGGCCAUCCUCGGCGGCAGCAACCAGGGCACUCCCAACGGCCAGCCCACCACGCCCCAGCAACAGGCCUACCAGCAGGCGCAGGCCACUGCAUCCCUCAAUAAGACCAUCUCUGAUCUGCUUGGCGGCGGUGGUGGUCAGCAGUUGGGCGCAAUGGCUCCUCCCCCUGCUCCACAACAGCAGCAGCAGCAGCAACAGUAUCAGUUCCAGCCACCCCAAUCCCCUUCGAUGCAUCAGCAGCCGCAACAACAAUCACCUCAACAAUCUCCACAACACCAGUUGGUCAACAACUAUCAGCAACAGCAACAACAAUCCCCACAACAACCACUUCAACAUCAGAUCCAGCAAAUACUUCAGUCGGCUCAGCAACAGCAACAAAAGCCACCCCAGCAGCAGCCAAUCCAACAACAGCAGCAGCCUGCACAACAGAAGCCAAUGCAAUAUCAACAGCAACCCCAACAACAACAACCAUUCCAAGGCAACAACAGCCUGGAUAACAAUAACUUGUUGUCGUUGAUCCAGCAGUUGGUGUCCAAGCCAGACAUGUCGGGUGCCAAUGCAAGCCAGUCUCAAGUGGCCUUGUUGCAAUCACUACUGCAGCAGCAACAACAGCAACAGCAGCAGCCACAAAUGCAGCAACAGAUGUCACUCAAUCAACUCCAACAACAACAACAACAGCAGAUGUCACUCAAUCAACAGAACAAUAUGAUCUCCAAUCUGUUGUACACUCAGUUGAACAGUCAACAGCAGCCAAUGCAACAACAGCAACAGCAACAACAGACCAACCACCUUGUGUCAUCAACAUCCAGUGACACAUCAGAUCAUCAAUCACCCCCUGUAAUCGAUACACAGAACAAUACAUCCGGUCAACAUCUGCAGCAGCAGCAAUACUUCCAACAGCCACUGCAGCAGCAGAUGCAACAACAACAGCCACUUCAACAGCAGCAACAACAAACAUUCAACACAGUCAAGGACGAGCCAAUCGACCUGACAGACGGUGCCCCGGCCAAGGACCUCCAGAACUCGCUGCUUGAUAUCAACGACUUUUUGAACCAGCGCAACAAAUCAAUGGACAACACCGACCUGUCCAUCUCAUCGUUGCUGCCACCGUCAACCGAAUACUUUACUGGCAACCAAUCGACCGACGUGUCCAAGAUCAACCCGAUGGAGUUUGGCAUGUUCUAUUGA